CAUGGUGGUAAGCUAAUAGCCAAGUCAUAUUCGUAACUAUAGGUGUUUCUUGACUAAUCUAUAAUUCUUUAGGGCUGGCAACUUAGGUCUCCACAGACUCUUUUCCGUGGUCUGGACCCCAAAACCUAUGAACACCAUGACGGAUAUGAUGUUGCGGAAUGGGCGCUGUGAUGGGCCCGCUAUCACCUGGAUGUAUGCGUAGGAGCAAAUAUUCCAUUAUUCCGGGAUGAAGAACGUGAGCGGUAAUGAAGAAAAAAGGUAGUCGGAAUAGUAUGAGCUCCUGCUGGUGCAUGCACUUGUUUAGGAAAGUAGACCAACCUUGUCCCCAUGCCCGACAUCACCCUCGAAAAACUCACCAUGAACAUCCAAGGCAGCGACAAAGACAGAGAGGGAUUCCUUCGUUCUAUUCGCAGGAUCCUCCGCUGGGAGUAUGAGGAACAACCUAGCGCCAGGAACCUCAUACUUGAUCCCUAACUGAUCGAAGAUCUUGGUUUCACUGAUGAGCAGAUUAAACACUAUCAGGAGCAGUGGCUUGAGGAGCAGGGGGAAUCCCGGCCAGCAAGUUGAAUUGGAAUCCUUCUUAUCGUGGCGUAGUUGAGAAUGACUGCUGCAUAUGUGUAAUCGGGAGCUUGUGUUGAGUAACAGGGCGUGGGAGCAUUCAAGUCAGGAAUACCCGUCUGUUCUCCGGUUCUGCCCACGAUAGUUUCAUGCAGGUGGAUAUGCUCUUACCCCGGGCAACCACCUGGUCUGCUCCAAGAGGUGUCAUAGUUUGUUCAGGCUUCCGACCUGACAGGUGACAAAUAUCUGCAUGAACUUGAUAUCACCACGACCCGAAUCAGCUGGCUUGACAUCAUAGACAGCACCUAUUUCCAACGUCAAUGCUGGAGACCAAUGGGAUGUAUUCAACCACUGGGUAACAAGGUUAGACGGAGACCUUCAAGAGACAAUGGGCUCGGACCGCACACGCUUGCAAGAAACCCCCACGCAAAGUUUGGAAGUUGAUCUUUUCAACACAGAAUAUAUGCACGGCUCUUACUCGCCUUGUCCAGAGCAUGCUAGGAAGACCCCUGCUUAACCUGUGACUAGUUCUGAUGACAGAACCAAAUAGGAAGCGUUGACGACAGUCUUGUGCAUCUCAAUAAAGCGAGGCUGCUGUUGCUCAAUAUAAGCUGGCAAGCCCCGAGUUUCCUGGCUUGGUUGGAUUGUGGCCGUUGGCGCUACGAAAGACGGGUUCUCUUGGCCUGGAGUUAGAAUCCCCCUUUCUGGCUCCUUGCCUCGCAUCUAAUCAUAUUAAUCAAAGGGGCUUCACCAGCACUGACCGACGGCCGGCAAACCUUACGGGUUAGCACAGUGGAUCAGCUCUGAUUUCAGCGGUAAUUCUCACAGCGCAUGGUAUGCCUGGGGCAUAGCGUACGCUAGUAUUGACGAUCCUCGAGGGAGGGAGUCUGUGUUCUUUUGACAUAGCAGUGCUACCGCCACUAGCAUAGCUAGCGCAUGCAACUGGACUGAUUCCCUGGGUUGGCCGGACCCCCUAGAUAGUUCCGUGAACCGCGCGAAGCGAUGAUGGACACUGCAUAGGCCCUUUUUUAAAAAAGGGAAAAAACGAGUUCGCGACGGAGCGGACCUUAAACCCAGUCAAUCUUCAGGUGUUUCACGAUUCGCGCGCAGACUAUUACAGCAUAUGCGGUGCAAUAGUCGUGUCGGCCCCCAACAUCCUGCCACGAUUAUGCAUAAUCCCCACCCUUUUCUCCCAGUCAGAGGGCUAGAACUUCGGCGAAAGAAGCACCGAAAACUUGAGAUUUGGGACUUGUCAGCAGGAGAAUCAGUCCAGCCCCGUCAUUCAAGCUAUAUGGGUGGGUCAAGAAAGGGGAGAGAAAAAAAAGAAAAGAAGCGGCCGGGCCCCUAGAUCUGCUGGGCAAAAAAAUGAUUAAAAAAAAAAGAAAAGAAAACAAGGCAACGAAAUUUAAUUAAAAGGAAGCGGGCUAUCCACCGGGUGGAAGUACUUAGUCGAGGAGCUUUGACGUGGCCGAAAAUACCACGGACAAAGUACGACGCGUCAUCUACCGACCAUCGGCUGUCCAACGCACCUCGACCACGGUGAUAGGCGCGGGGAACAAAGGGCGCGGGGUCCAUUAGCCAUGAAGCACGGUACUAAUCACUAGCUGCAUACAACCCAGCUCAAUUCUCUCACGCAUCCGCGAACCCCGGGCCGUGACUAUUAUCCUAGGUGUGUUACGCAGCUCAGUUGCCUGAUCUCCUGCCCUUCUUGGUUGAUCCAAGUCGCAGAAGGAAAAUAAUGCACAGACUGGGCCCGUGAGGGAGUCCGUCAGCGAAGGAACAGCAAGAGGACGAGAAGGCGCGAGACGUGAAUGGGCGCGGGUAAGGUAACAGUGAGGUUCGUCUGAACACUUCCUCUGCUUCUAAUUUUAUACCGGCAAGUAUGUUAUAAGAGCAGUAUCUCGGCCGCUAUUAUUGUUAUGGUUAUGUUCUUCAUUAUAAUCAGGAAAUUGCUGACGAGUCCAAGGCUUGCUACAGCUACUUGUGAUAACGAUCAAAUAGAUGGGAGUCUUUCCGGUCGAUCGAGUCGAUUGUCUAUUCACUGCGAUUCCUUUUGAAAGGAUGGAAGCUUCCCUGCCUCCUCCGUCUGCGUCGCCGUCGGCCGUCUUCCGUCCCCGCAGAUCUGAGGACUGGCAGGAGUUCCGUUCAAUUAUCGAGAAACUCUAUCGCGACGACCAGCUGAAACUGCGCGACGUCAAAGCCUACAUGGAGAAACAUUAUAACUUUGUGGCCUCAGAAAAACAGUACAAAGACCGCCUAGCAGCGUGGGGGAUUCGGAAGAAUAUCAAGGCGAGAGAAGUCCAGUUUAUGAUCCGCAAGCAACAGAAGCGCGCCGCACGGGGGAAACAUCAUACAGCAUUCCGAGUUGGUGGACAGAAGGUGGACUCGAAACGGAUAGCGCGGUUUAUAAACAGAUACAGUGCCUCGUGGAAUGAGUUGGACAACUCAGACGAUCAGGAACCAAAAACCCCUUCCGAUAUGAGUUGCUACACUCCCGAACCAGAGGACAUGCAUACCACACCCGGUAGAGAAAGCUCUGCAACAUCGACGUACCAUAGGUCAGAACUGGAUCAAGAAGCAGACAAUGACUGCAGCAACGACUACAGCGAGAACAGCGUCAACGGUGGAGGACAUGCCCGCUCGUCUGUCCCUGCGAGCAACGUGCAAAGGAGCCCAUCUCCAUCGGAACCACAGCAGCCAAUGCAGGAGGUUAAUGAAGAAGAGGAAAUCCAACAGCAGCAGCAACAACAACAACAACAACAACAACAACCAGUACUCACAUGGCAAGACCUAGGUGAUUACCAACAACGAAUGGCUAUAAUGCAACAACAGCUCUCGGAGUCGCUGGGACGCUACAUAGAUCCGUACGAUGAUGAUUCGGUGGGCUAUCUUUCGAACGGCGACAGGCCGAGAUUAUUCUGA